AUGACAAUUAGGCCCCAACGACAAAUGUCUGCUUUUUUACAGGCUUUGGAUGAAAGUGACCUUGCUGACUUGGGUUUCUCCAGGCCUCGAUUUACUUGGUGCAAUGGAAGAAGCGAGGGACAUCAUAUGAGAGAGAGACUAGACAGAGCUGUGGCGAAUGGAAGUUGGAGCUCUCUGUUUAAUGUUGUGCAGGUGACGAUUCUCACUCCCAAUAUUUUGGACCAUCAUCCCUUUCUAGUGGCAUUUCCCAAUACUAAGGACAUCCAGUGGACUAAAAGUCGCAGAUUUAGAUAUGAAGCUAGUUGGACUAAACAUUGUGACCUCCAGGAGGUUGUCAAGAAGGUGUGGAAAGCAAAACAAUCAGUGUCGGAUCCCUGGAAGGUCUAUAACAAUCUUACUAGAUGUAGACGAACGUUGAAGCAGUGGGUGAGAAAAAAAGUACAUCCGGUUGAGGAGCAAAUUCAGAAUAAAGAGGAGGAACUUCUGGCCCUGCAAUUACAAGACCAUCCUGAUCUGCCCAAGUUGGAAGCCCCAAUUUACUGCUGA